GAAGCAAGCGUCGUCGUCGAAGACUCCGAUUCGGAAUCAGAAACAGAGUAAAGACACGUCCGAGCAGGAGAGUUGCGAAAAAACACUCGAGUAUUGCGUUUAAAUCGGAAAUAAAGCGGAAAAGCGGAAAAGCCACGCGAGCCCUACAGCAAUGCAAAUGCGAAAUGCUAAAUGCUAAAACAAUCAAUCAAUUAGGCCCAAAAAGGGGUGGUGCACCCCUUACCAAGUAGCAACAAUUCAGCUGGAGAGACAGUAGAGACAGUGACAUCGACAGAGCGAGAGAGAGGGAAACAGAGAAAGAGAGAGAAAGAGAGCGGCAGCAGAAGUAGCUAAAAAUCAAUAUCCGUCUAAAGUUUAUUUCGUUUUCGGUGAUGAACAACUCAGAAACUUUAAGUUGAAGUUUCUCUAAUCGAAAUAAAAAUACAAAAACCUCAACUGCAUCGCUUUGUGCUAACAAAUUUGACUUUUAAACGCUUUUUGUGCGAGUGUAAUCGAGUAAUCGUGUGUCCAUUUUAUGCUGAACUUUUGAACAUAGUGUUAAAGAAGUAGCCAAAAAAGUCUUACGAACAUCCAAUGCUCCAUCCAACAUAAAGUUAGUAAAGAAGUGACAAAUAAUACAGUGUAAUACAGCCGAUUAAGUGAGUGAUUAAGAUCCGACGAUUGACGAAAAGGGGCGACCAGCAAACGCGGAGAAAGUAAAAGUAAAAGCAAAAAAAAAAGAAAAUUAAAGAACACUUGAGAAGACAAAACAAAAAUCGAAUUUCCUUGUUUGAAUCGCAAAACCAAAAUUAAAUCGAUAAAAAACAACCAAAGAGACAAAAACCAAAAGUAAAAAGUAAAUUGCUAACAGUAAACGCUAGUCCAAAUCUUCACUACAUAUAUAUAUAUAUAUAUGUGUAUACUAUAUAUAUUUAACUAAUAAUAAUUCAAGAGAACACGCCAAUUGCCGCAAAACUUACUCCAAAGCCGAAAAAACCAAAGAUUUCCAAUUAAACCAAAGCAAAAAUACCAAAAACCACAGCUUCAAAGUGUGCACAAUAAGAAAAAAGUUAAUAACAAAAACCAAAGAAAAGACACCCAAAUCAAAGCAAAAAAUAUUUUUAAAUCAAACGAAAUAAACUUAAAGAAGUAAAGAGCCAGGCAAAGAAAACUGCGCCAAAGUCACGGCCAGCAAACAAAAAGUACAACAAUCAAAUACAACAAAACAACCAACAAGCAACACAAAAGCAACAAUAAGCGAAGUGAAGUGAAGCGUCACCACCACAACGGCCACGCCCACUCCCCGCGGCCGAGCCAAACGCCCCCCGUUUUAGGCAGCCAAGAAAUCUUGCGUGUGCCGUGCUGAAAAAAAAACCUGAAAACAACCAAAGAAAAUAAACCGCAGAAGCCGUUUUCCCAAUUCCCGCAAAAGUAGCCCCUCUUUUUUUUCAAGUGUACGAAUCAGUUGUUUGCUUUUUUUUUCUCUGUGUGUGAACCAAACCGAUCGACAAGAACUCUGAUGGGAGAUCAGCCAAAGGCAACGACAACUGCAACAGGAGGAGAAGGAGUCCCUCAAGGCGACGCCCCGAUGGCCGCCAAUCGCCAGGAAUCGCUGCCCAAUGGAGGGGGAUCAGCAGGAGGACCAGGAGCAGCUGGAGCAGGAGGAGCAGGGGAUCCACCGCCGGCGAGUCAGAAUCAGGAGGAUCAGCUGGCUGAACCGGCAGACGGGCAGGGGGAUGCCGUCUGUGACGAUGCCGCCACCGAUGCCGGGGCCAGCUCGCUGCCCCCCUCGGAAAUUGGCGGCCGGGCGCCCCUGGACACCGGCUGCUCCGCGGACGACGGCGGUGCCGCCUCCAGUUUGGCCGGCGGCAUUGUCGGUCCGCCCAGUCCGCUUACCGGCUGCUACCUCCUCAUCGUCCUGGGCGAGCCGCAUUCUGAGGAGCACAAGGACAACAUCUUGCAGCAUCUGCUCAAGGGUUUCCUCUCCUGGGACGUUUCCGAUUGUCACGUCGACUUGGAAGAGGAGCUCAAUACCAUUACACAGCAUGCGCCCGAGGGCGAGGAAGCCCGUCACGGCGAACGACUCAUCCAGUAUGCCAGCGAGAAUCUGGUGACGGAGGUGCUCAUCCACCCGCAGUACAACACGCUUAUCCAAUGCAUGCGAAACCUACUCAGCAGCUUUACCCGCCACCGGCACAUCAUCCACGCCGGAUACACCUUCAGCGGCAAUGGUUCCUGGAUACUGCAGGACGGAACCUUCUCGGUGGCGGACUUCUCGGAGGCCUUCCAGGAGCACGACGUACAAAGGGUGAUUCGGGCCUAUGCGGACACCAUUACCAUGAACAUCCACUGCGCGGACGCCGGUCUUUGGCACACUCUGCCCGAGAAGGCCUUUGCGCGCCAGUGCCGGAUCCGGAUCAAUCCCGUCGAUGUCCUGGACACGAGCAGCGAGUGCAUCAACGGAUUCAUAGAUUACCUGGCGCCCAUGGUAAUGCCAACUUCGUUGAGGGAGCUGCUAGAGACCUCGGACGUGGUGGGCAACAUCCGCUUCACCCAUCCCACGCUAUACGUCUUCCCCGGCGGUCAGGGUGAUGCGGCUCUCUUUGGGAUCAACGGCUUUAACAUGCUGGUUGAUGGCGGCUUCAAUCGAAAGGCUUGCUUCUGGGACUUUGCCCGCCACCUGGACCGACUCGAUGCGGUGCUGAUGACGCGGCUGAACAACAGCAAUGUCCAGGGAUUGGGGGCAGUGGUCUCGCGCAAGCGGGACUCGCAUGUCUACCCGCAGAUUGGGCACUUCUUUGGCAACGUACCUGACCGCCGCGGCCUGCCCAGCCCCGAUGGCGACAAGGAUCGCGAUCCCCUGCUGAUCGAUCUCUUCGAGCGCGGCCAUGGCAUCGUCAGCGACCUGAAGGCUUUGGAUCUGAAGCCGCAGGGCUGCUACCGCAACCAGGAGCCGGUCAAUCUCUACCACAAGGUGGGCCACGGCACGCUGGACAUGUAUGUGAUAAGUCCGGCUCGCGACUCCAAGGAGGUGAAGGAGUUCCUCCAAAAGUGGCAUGCCGGCGAUCAGCGUCUAUUCGCCGCCCGCGAGUCGCGUGACUUUAACUUUCCCCUGCAGAACUUGGUAUCCAUAUGCGCCCUGCUCGUCUGGCAGCCGGCCAAUCCGGAUGACACCAUCACCCGCAUUCUCUUCCCAGGCAGCACGCCCGAUUUUAAGAUCCAGGAGGGUCUCGAGAAGCUCAAGCACUUGGAGUUUAUGAAGCACUCCACCUGCACGGCCAAGUCGAUUGCCCCCGCCAUUCAGACGGUGGUGGGAGCGCGCAAGUCGCUCAAGUCGGCCAUCGAGGCCACGCCGGCUCCACCGAGUGCUAGUUACAAGUCCGGGAAGCUAUCUGUUCAGCAUCCCCAGCAGCAGGACAACAAGGCCAAGGAGGCUAAGGAAGCGGCCGCUGCGGCUGCUGCUGCUGCUGCAGCUGCAAGCGCUGCUUCCAUAGUCCGCACUAAAGCCGAUUCCAUGGACACGGAUGCGGAGGUGGAGCACGAACCCGAAGCCGAACCCGCUGACACGGGAGAUGAGGCUGUGGUUGAGCCGGAGACGGAAGCCGAACCUGAACACGAACCUGAAGCCGAGCAGCAGGACAACAACAAGGAUGUCGGAGAAGAGAAGAAGGUGGAGGUGCUGAUCAUGAAGCCCAGUCAACAGGCGGUCUCUCAACCUCAAGUCAAGGAUGCAGUGGAUGCAGCCAAGCCAGUUGGCAAGGUGGCAGCCAAGUCGGCAAAGUCGGAGAAGGCGACGCAAGAGAAGGCAGCGGAAAAGCCGCGUGCCGAGGUUAAGCCCGUGGUGCGUUCCCGCAUCGAUACCAAGCCGCCCAAGUCCAUGGAUCGCAAGCUGGCAAAGCGUUCGGAGGAGAAGAAGAGCUCGCCAACGGCCACGCCGGCGGCCCGAGCAGCGGCUGCCAAGGCGAAGGUGCCGCUGAGCAGCCGGCCACCGGUGUCCAGCAGCACCACCAAGUCCAGUCCGAGCAGCACGCCGGCGAAGAGCGCCAAGGAGGCGAACAAUCGGAAGGUACUAGAGUCCAAGCAGCAGGCGGCCAGAGUACAGAGCGCCACCUCCAGCAGGCGGGUGACCACCAGUGAAAGGCGUGUCCAACAGCAGCAGGUGGAAGCCAAGACAACGGCGACGGCAGCGGCUGCCCAGAGGAAACCCAUCUCGAGGCGACCUCGCGGGGUUUCGCCCUCCAAGCGAGCACCGGCACCCGGCAGUCCGGUGAAGCAGGCCAAGCCCAAGGUGCCGGCGGCGGAGCUCAAGAAGUCGCGGCUCGAGAAGGCCGGUGGAACCACCGAUUCCAGCCUGGUCUCCACGCCCUCCGUCGACGAGGCGACGGCAGCCAAGAAACUGCAGGACUUGACCGCCUCGCAGGAACUCGAUGCCGAGAAGCAGCGCGAACUGGACGACCUCAAGGAGGAGCAGGAGGUGGUGCGCGAGAUUGAGGCUGUGUUCAGUCGGGAUGAAAUGAAGCGACAGCAGCAUCAGCAGAUCAAGGCCGAGCUACGCGAGAUGCCCGCCGGCGGCGGUGAGGAGCCCGAGGAGGAGGAGGAGUACCUGAUCAUCGAGAAGGAGGAGGUGGAGCAGUAUACCGAGGAUUCCAUUGUCGAGCAGGAGAGCAGCAUGACCAAGGAGGAGGAGAUCCAGAAGCAUCAGCGCGACUCGCAGGAGUCGGAGAAGAAGCGCAAGAAGAGCGCCGAGGAGGAGAUCGAGGCGGCCAUUGCCAAGGUGGAGGCAGCCGAGCGCAAGGCUCGUCUAGUGCAGGAUCAGGAGCAGGAAUCGGAGCAGGAACAGGAGCAGGAGCAGGAAGGAGAUGAAGAGGAGCACGGCGAGAUCAAGGCCGAGGUGCAGGAGAUCAUUGCCACGGCCAAGACGAUUGUAAAGUCGCGAACCGACGAUCAGUUGGCCAACAAGGAGGAGGAGUUCUCCUCGCCCACGCCCGAGGAGAAGCUGAGCAAGAAGACGUCCGAUACGAAGGAUGAGCCCGUUGGCGGAGCCCCCGUCGAUGCGGUGCCCAUCAAUCUGCAGGAGAGCCUGCCCGAGGAGAAGUUCUCGGCCACCAUUGAGUCGGGGGCCACCACGGCACCCACGCUGCCCGAGGAUGAGCGCAUACCCUUGGAUCAGAUCAAGGAGGAUCUGGUGAUCGAGGAGAAGUACGUGAAGGAGGAGACCAAGGAGGUGGAGGCCACCGUUGUGGUGGUGGCCACCGUCCAGGCUCUGCCCGAACUUCAGGAUCCCUCGGCCAUCGAGGUAGCGGUUGCUCCCAAGGAUGCCCCCCAGGAUGCCGCCAAGAAGAUUGACCUAUUGGGCGAACUAGCAGGCGAGCUACCCGGCGAACGGGUGCUGCCCAUGAAGAUGACCUUCGAGGCGCAGCAGAAUCUCUUGCGCGAUGUCAUCAAAACGCCCGACGAGGUGGCCGAUUUGCCCGUCCACGAGGAAGCCGAUCUUGGCCUGUACGAGAAGGACGGCAGCCAGGAUGCGGGCGCCAAGAGCAUUUCGCACAAGGAGGAGUCGGCCAAGGAGGAGAAGGAGACCGAUGACGAAAAGGAGGCCAAGGAAGAGGUCGUCGAGCAGGAACAGGAAGCUCAACCGGAAAAGGAAAAGCAACCGGAAGUGGAAGUGGAAGAAUCUAAAGUGGAACUCAAGGAAGAGAAGCCAAAGGAGGAGCAGUUGGUCACCCUGGAAACCGAACAGAUAGUGGAGACGACCACUAAACAGCAAGAGGAGCAAAAGGAGCAAAAGGAAGAGGAGCAAGAGGCCGAGUCAGGUGGAAUCAUUACCGAAAAGGAGGCCAAGAAGUCGGCCAGCACUCCCGAGGAGAAGGAGACCAGCGACAUAACCUCCGAGGAUGAGCUUCCCGCACAGCUGGCUGCACCAUCGGCACCUGCGGCCACUGUGCCCCUGCCCAAAGAUCCCAAGGAGGCCAAAGAACGCGAGGACACCGUGUCCAUGGAGAGUCCCGCCACCAUCGAGGAGGCCAUCGAAGUCGAGGUGCAGGCCAAGCAGGAAGCCCAACCGGCAAAGUCACCACUUGCCUCCAAGGAGGCAUCCCGCCCAGAAUCCGUGGCAUCCGAAGUGGCUAAGCCCGAUGAGAAGUCCCCAGCCGCGUCCAAAGAAGCUUCGCGUCCGCAAUCCGUUGCGGAGAGCGUCAAAGUCGAGGCCCUAGAUGAGAAGCCUGAAAGUCGACGAGAAUCGGUGGCCGAGAAGUCUCCACCCGCUGCCUCCCAAGAAGCAUCCCGACCCGUUUCGGUGGCCGACAAGUCCAAGGAACCCUCCCGACGCGAGUCCGUGGCGGAAAGCCACAAGGACGAGAAGUCUGCACCGGCUUCGAAGGAAACCUCGAGGCCCGAAUCCGCUCUCGAACAUGUCCUCGAUGUCCUAGAGGCUGAGAAACAAGAAAGCCGCCGGGAAUCCACUGCAGAAAGCUUCAAACCGGAAAGUGCAAAGGAUGAGAAAUCUCCAUUGGCAUCCAAAGAAGCCUCCCGACCAGAUUCCGUGGUAGAAAGCACCAAGGAUGAGAAGUCCGCUCAGGCCUCGAAGGAAGCCUCCCGACCAGAUUCCGUGGCAGAAAGCACCAAGGACGAGGCGGAGAAGUCAAAGGAACCUUCACGUCGUGAGUCAAUCGCCGAAAGCGUUAAGGUCGAGAGCACUAAAGAUGAAAAGUCCGCCCCUGCCUCCAAGGAAGUAUCCCGCCCCGAGUCAGUCGCCGAAAGCAUCAAGGAUCAGGCUGAGAAGGUGGAUAGCCGCCGGGAAUCUGUGGUCGAGAGCAUCAAGGACGAGAAGUCUUCCGCUGCCUCCAAGGAAGCUUCCCGUCCGGAGUCCGUUGCUGGAAGCGUCAAGGAUGAACCAGCAUCCCGACCAGCAUCAGUGGCAGAAAGCGCCAAGGCGGAGAGCACCAAGGAUGAGAAGUCCGCUCAGGCCUCCAAGGAAGCUUCACGGCCAGGAUCAGUGGCAGAAAGCACCAAGGACAAGGACGAAGCUGAAAAGUCAAAGGAACCAUCCCGACGGGAAUCGGUGGCUGACAGUGCCAAGGAAUCUAAGGAAUCCAAGUCCCCCAUUGAAGGUGCUUCGAAGGAAGUCUCAAGACCCGGAUCAGUAGUAGAGAGUCUUCAGGACGAAGCCGAAAAGCCAGAGAGCCGACGAGAGUCGGUGGCCGAAAGCAUCAAGGUCGUCUCAAAAGAGGCUUCCCGUCCAGAAUCUGUGGCGGAAAGCAUCAAAGAUGAGGCGAUCAAGUCCAAAGACGCUUCCCGUCCGGAGUCCGUUGCUGGAAGCGUCAAGGACGAACCAGCAUCCCGACCAGCAUCUGUGGCAGAAAGCGCCCAUGCGGAGAGCAUCAAAGAUGAGGCGAUUAAGUCCAAGGAGGCUUCCCGGCCAGAAUCUGUGGCGGAGAGCAUCAAGGAUGAGGCCAUUAAGUCCAAGGAGGUUUCCCGUCCAGAAUCCGUAGCGGAGAGCAUCAAAGAUGAGGCCAUCAAGUCAAAGGAAGAAUCUCGGCGUGAGUCCGUGGCCGAAAGCGUUAAGGCGGAGAGUGCCAAGGACGAUAAGUCCCCAUUGGCAUCCAAAGAAGCCUCCAGACCAGCAUCCGUGGCCGAAAGUGCCAAGGAUGAGGCGGCUGACAAGUCCAGGGAACCAUCUCGGCCAGGAUCCGUUGCGGAAUCCGUUAAGACGGAAACCAGCAAGAUUGACCAGUCGCCCGCUGUGUCUAGAGAUGUCUCCAGGCCGGAUUCAGUGGCCGAAAGCGAAAAGGACGACACCGAUAAGCCGGAAUCUGUUGUGGAAAGCGUUAAGGUUCCGGUUUCCGAUGCCGCCGCAAAGGAACUCUCACGACCCGAGUCUGUUGUGGAAAGCGUUAAGGAUGCGGCUGAAAAGGAGCAGAGCCGUCGUGAAUCUGUUGAAAGUACAAAGCCAGAAAUUCUUACUGGCGACAAAUCUCCAGUCGCCGUUCCCUCAAAGGAGGUCUCCAGGCCGGAAUCUGUGGUGGAAAGCGUGAAGGAUGAAUCGGAGAAGCCAGAAAGCCGAUGCGAGUCCCUCGCUGAAAGCGUUAAGCCAAACCAGAGCACCAAGGACUCCAAGGAACCAUCCCGACCGGAAUCCAAGGUAGAAAGCGUUAAAGACGAGUCUGACAAAUCGAAGACUCCAUCCCGGCGAGAAUCCAUUGCGGAAAGUGUGAAAGCUGAGAGUGCCAAGGACGAUAAGUCUGCACUGGCCUCAAAGGAGGCUUCCCGGCCAGAGUCCGUGGCCAAGGAGUCCAAGGAAGCAUCUCGUCGUGAAUCGGUGGCCGGAAGCGUCAAAAAUGAAGCCUCUCGUCCCGAAUCUGUGGCAGAAAAGUCACCGAUGGCAUCCAGACCAGCAUCCGUGGCAGAAAGUGUGAAGGAUGAGGAGAAGGCUGACAAGUCGAAGGAGCCAUCUCGACGAGAGUCCGUGGCCGAAAGCGUUAAGGCGGAGAGUGCCAAGGACGAGAAGUCUCCAGUGGCAUCCAAGGAAGCCUCCAGACCAGCAUCCGUUGCCGAGAGUGUGAAGGAUGAGGAGAAGGCCGGCAAGUCCAAGGAAGAAUCUCGGCGGGAGUCGGUAGCCGAAAGCAGCAAGGACCUGGCCUCCAAGGAGGCAUCAAGACCUGAAUCCGUGGUGGAAAGCGUAAAGGACGAAGCAGAAAAGCCGGAGAGUCGUCGCGAAUCUAUAGCAGAAAAGUCUGCAGCAGCUUCGAAGGAAGCAUCAAGACCUGAAUCAGUGGUGGAAAGCCUGAAGGACGAAGCUGAAAAGCCAGACAGUCGUCGCGAAUCUGUGGCAGAAAAGUCUGCAGCAGCUUCAAAGGAAGCAUCAAGACCAGAAUCAGUGGUGGAAAGCCUGAAGGACGAAGCUGAAAAGCCAGAAAGUCGUCGCGAAUCUGUGGCAGAGAGUGGUGCUUCGAAGGAAGUUUCUCGGCCAGUGUCUGUGGCGGAGAGCAUUAAAGACGAAGCCGACAAAUCUAAGGAGACACCAUCCCGUCGCGAAUCUGUAGCCGGAAGCAUCAAGGCGGAGAGUACCAAAGAUGACAAAUCACCGCUGGCCUCCAAGGAGGCAUCGAGACCGGAUUCGGUGGUAGAAAGCCUUAAGGACGAAGCCGAGAAGCCGGAGAGUCGUCGCGACUCGGUGGCCGAGAAGUCUGCAGCAGCCUCGAAGGAAGUUUCUCGACCAGAAUCCGUCGCAGAGAGUGUUAAGGUGGACGAAGUCGACAAAUCAAAGGAACCAUCCCGACGAGAAUCGGUCGCAGAGAGCAUUAAACCAGAUAGUUCAAAGGAUGAAAAGUCUCCGCUGGCUUCCAAGGAAGCAUCCCGGCCAGAAUCUGUGGCAGGAAGUGUGAAAGAUGAAGCCGCCGACAAAUCGAAGGAGCCAUCGCGAAGGGAAUCAAUUGCUGAGAGCCUCAAAGCGGAAGCUAUCCAGGACGAUAAAUCGCGCCCGGAAUCCGUUGGGGAAAGUGUAAAGGAUGAAGCAGAGAAACCAGAAAGUCGUCGGGAAUCGGUAGCUGAAAGCCUAAAGGCUUCUAGUGCCAAGGAAGAGAAGUCCCCAUUGGCAUCGAAGGAAGUCUCCCGGCCAGAGUCGGUGGCUGAAAGUGUUAAGGAUGAGCUGGAAAAACCGGAGAGCAUCAAGGAUGGGGACGACAAAUCAAAGGAGCCCUCUCCAAGGGAAUCCGUCGCUGUCAUUUCGAAGGAGUCCUCACCCAGACCAUUAUCGGUGGCCAGUGAUCAUGAAGAAGCGGCCGUCGAGUCCAAGCUUUCCAUUUCCCCCAAAGACGCAUCCCGCCCAGAGUCGGUUGCUGCCGAAACUGCCUCCUCACCCAUCGAGGAGGCGGCCAUGGAGUUCCCGGAGAUCGAAGUGGUGAAACGAGCUAGCCUAGCUCUUAGCCUGCAAGUAAAGAGUCCUGCAGCGGGAGAACUGCCCACAGACUCGAGUCCUGUUGACGUGGCCGAGGGUGACUUUACCCAUGUCGUCGCUACUGGUGGAAGCACCACCACAGCCACCAAACCGGCAGAGCUUUCAACGGUUGGUGCUGCUGCUGUCACGGUCUCGUCACCUGUAGACGAGGCUCCAAGAACCCCGUCUGCUCCGGAGCAACAACUAUCCCGACCAGAUUCUCCCGCCGAGUGCGCAGAGAGUGAUGACAAGGAUGACAAGUCGAAGGAACCCUCGAGGGCCGGAUCAGUGGCAGAAAGUCACAAGGAUGACGGAGAAGUGGAGGAAAAAUCAGCAGAAGCGAAGGAUGUUGUUGCCAAAUCCAAGGAAUCGUCACGUCCGGCGUCUGCGGCAGAGACCACAGCAUCAUCGCCGAUCGAGGAAGCACCCAAGGACUUUGCCGAACUUGUGCUGCCCUUGAGCAUUGACGCAAAGGGUAAUCUACCAACUUUGUCCAGCCCCGUGGAUGUGGCCCAUGGCGACUUCCCCCAGACAGCCACACCCACAAGCUCUCCAACUUCUCAAGCAGCAACCAAGCCAGCUGAACUCUCCAAAGUGGACAUUGAGAAGACAGCAUCGAGUCCUGUGGACGAGGCACCGAAAUCCCUAAUUGGAUCUCCCGAGGAGGAGCGCCCCGAAUCUCCUGCUGAAAGUGCCAAGGAUGAGGCUGAGAAACCCAGCUCCGCAAUCGCCUCAAAGGAGGCAUCUCGUCGUGAAUCCGUGGCAGAAAGUACAAAGGAGCAGGCAUCCAAGGAUUCAUCGCGUCCACCAUCUGUAGUCGAAAGCAUUAAGGGCGAGAGCGCUAAGGACGAUAAAUCCCCUCUGGCGUCGAAGGAGACUUCCCGGCCGGAAUCCGUGGUGGAAAGCAUUAAAGACGUUUCCGAAAAAGCAUCCAAGGAGUCAUCGCGUCCACCAUCCGUGGCAGGAAUCGCCAAGGAGGAAGUCACCAAGGUGGAGAGCGUUAAGGCGGAGGCAGAGAUCUCGGAAAGCCGUCGAGAGUCGGUUGCUGUUGCCGAUGAGGCUGACAAAUCCAAGGAGCCAUCCCGCCCAGAAUCUGUGGCAGGAAGCACCAAGGCGGAGAGCAGCAAGGAUGACAAAUCCCCGCUGGCAUCGAAGGAAGUCUCUCGCCCAGGAUCCGUCGUUGAAAGCAUAAAGGACGAAACCGAAAGCACUCCACAAAUAGUCGUCGAUAGUACAAAGCCAUCUCCAACAGACUCAAAGGAAAGCGUUGCAGCUGAAACUGGCAAGGAAUCUAGGGAACCAUCCCGACCAGAAUCUGUGGUAGAAGGCGUCAAGGCAGAUAGCACAAAGGAGGAGAAAUCGCCAGAGGUUUCCCGACCAGCAUCCACUUUACCCAAGGACGAAGAUGAAAAGCCCGAGGAGAGCCGACGAGAAUCGAUCGCAGGCAGCCUUAAAGCUACAACUACUGCAUCCCAAGAUGGCUCCAGGCCAGGAUCAGUUGUAGAAAGCAUUAAGAAUGAAGCUGAGAAGCCCGAAAGCCGUCGCGAAUCUGUGGCAGAAAGCAUUAAGCCCGAAAUAUCUGCUUCUGCCUCGCAGGUCACCUCCCGGCCCGAAUCCGUUGUGGAAAGUGUCAAGGACGAGGCAGAAAAGUCCAAGGAGCCAUCUCGACCGGCAUCCGUCGCGGAGAGCAUUAAGCUGGAAAGCCUGAAGGACGAAAAGUCACCGCUCGCCUCAAAGGAAGCUUCCCGCCCGGAAUCAGUGGCAGAAAGCAUUAAGGAUGAAGCCGAGAAGCCCGAAAGCCGUCGACAGUCAGUUGCCGAGAGUGUAAAGCCAGAAAGUGCCAAGGACGACAAGUCGCCUUUGGCUUCCAAGGAGGUCUCACGACCAGAAUCCGUGGUGGAGAGCGUAAAAGAUGAAGCGGAAAAGUCCAAGGAGCCAUCCCGGCGAGAAUCGGUAGCAGAAAGCCACAAGGCAGAGAGCACAAAGGAUGAGAAAUCGCCACUUGCCUCAAAAGAACCUUCUCGUCCUGGCUCUGUCGUAGAAAGCAUUCUAGAUGAAGCUGAAAAGGCUGAGAGUCGUCGUGAAUCCGUGGCGGAAAGUGUAAAGCCAGAAAGUGCAAAGGACGAGAAAUCUCCGCUGGCCUCGAAGGAGGCCUCCCGCCCAGAUUCCGUGGUAGAAAGCACGAAGGAUGAGAAGUCCGCUCAGGCCUCGAAGGAAGCCUCCCGACCAGAUUCCGUGGCAGAAAGCACCAAGGACGAGGCGGAGAAGUCAAAGGAUCCAUCACGUCGUGAGUCCAUCGCCGAGAGCGUUAAGGUCGAGAGCACUAAGGAUGAAAAGUCCGCCCCUGCCUCCAAGGAAGUCUCCCGCCCCGAGUCAGUCGCCGAAAGCAUCAAGGAUCAGGCUGAGAAGGUGGAAAGCCGCCGGGAAUCGGUAGCCGAGAGCAUCAAGGCCGAGAGUGCCAAGGAAGCUUCCCGUCCAGAGUCCGUUGCCGGAAGCGUCAAGGAUGAACCAGCAUCCCGACCAGCAUCUGUGGCAGAAAGCGCCAAGGCCGAGAGCACCAAGGAUGAGAAGUCCGCUCAGGCCUCCAAGGAUGCUUCACGGCCAGGAUCAGUGGCAGAAAGCGCCAAGGACAAGGACGAGGCUGAGGCUGAAAAGUCAAAGGAACCAUCCCGACGGGAAUCGGUGGCUGACAGUGCCAAGGAAUCUAAGGAAUCCAAGUCCCCCAUUGAAGGUGCUUCAAAGGAAGUCUCAAGACCCGGAUCAGUAGUAGAGAGUCUUCAGGACGAAGCCGAAAAGCCAGAGAGCCGACGAGAGUCGGUGGCCGAAAGCAUCAAGGUCGUCUCGACAGGGGCUUCCCGUCCGGAGUCCGUUGCCGGAAGUGUCAAGGACGAACCAGCAUCCCGACCAGCAUCUGUGGCAGAAAGCGCCCAUGCGGAAAGCAUCAAGGAUGAGGCGAUCAAGUCCAAGGAGGCUUCCCGUCCAGAAUCAGUGGCGGAGAGCAUCAAGGAUGAGGCCAUCAAGUCGAAGGAGGCUUCUCGGCCAGAAUCUGUGGCGGAGAUCAUCAAGGAUGAGGCCAUCAAGUCCAAGGAGGAAUCUCGGCGUGAGUCCGUGGCCGAAAGCGUUAAGGCGGAGAGUGCCAAGGACGAUAAGUCCCCAUUGGCAUCCAAAGAAGCCUCUAGACCAGCAUCCGUGGCCGAAAGUGCCAAGGAUGAGGUGGCUGAGAAGUCCAAGGAACCAUCUCGGCCUGAGUCGGUGGCAGCAGGAAGUGAUAAGGACCAAAAGUCCGCAUUGGCAUCCAAGGAAACCUCAAGACCAUCGUCCGUAGUGGAAAGUGUGAAGGAUGAAGCUGAGAAGGCAAAGGAGGAGGAGGCAUCUCGACGAGAGUCCGUGGCCGAAAGUGUAAAGGCGGAAAGCAGCAAGGAUGACAAAUCUGCGCCGGCCUCCAAGGAAGCAUCACGACCAGAAUCCGUGGUAGAAAGCGUCAAGGACGAAGCUGAAAGGCCAGAAAGUCGUCGUGAGUCCAUUGUGGAGAGUGGAAAACUAGAAGGCUCCCGGCCAGCUUCGGUGGCGGAGGUGGCCACCAAGUCCUCCGACCACGUACCUGAUGAGAAAUCAAAGGAAGCGUCCGUGGCCGCCUCACCCAAGGAUUCAUCCCGCCCAGCCUCAGUCGCAGAAGCCAUCGAGUCUUUAGCCGAGACUGGCAAAGAUGAAAAGUCGCCGCUUCCUUCGCGUCCCGAAUCGGUGGCCGACAAGUUGUCACCAGCUGCCUCAAAGGAAGCAUCUCGACCAGCGUCAGUCGCCGAGACCGCCUCAUCUCCCAUUGAAGAAGGUCCACGGUCCAUCGCCGACCUAAGUCUGCCCCUUACCCAUAUUGCAAGCGAGAUUCCCAAGGGCAAGCUUCCCACUCUCUCGAGUCCCGUCGAUGUGGCCGAAGGAGACUUCUCGCAAGUACUAGUUGAGCUCUCCUCUGCUCCUCCAGCUGCACUUUCCAAGCCAGCGGAGCUUUCGCAGUCGGAUACGGCACACACAGUCUCCAGCCCAGUGGACGAAGCCUCUCCAGUUCUCGAGGAAGUCAGCCAGGUUGUUGAAGAUCUUCUGGAUCUGAAGGAGACCCAAUUAGAAACAGAGAUCGUAACCAAGGAGUCAUCGAGUACAUCGUUGUUCGAAGGCAUUUCCUCCAAAGUGGAGGAGAAAGUCGAGAAGCUGGAGACCUCGGUGGUAGAGAGCUCGGUGAAGCAGGUGGAGGAGAAGCUAGAGAGCUCGGUGAAGCAGGUACAGACCACAGUGGCCGAGACCCUUGAGCAGGUGAGCAAGGAGAGCAGCGAGCAGCUGACGCAGAUCAAAUCAGUGCUGGACACCAAAAUCAGCAGCGUGACGAACCUGUUGAGCUCCGCCGUGGAGACCGUCGAGCAAAAAGUCCAGGAGGUGACGGAGAAAGUGAGCAGUGAGAAGACAACCGAUGCACAGACUUCCGAGGAAGUCACCGCCAGCAGCGGCCUGGAUCUGGGCACAUUCUCGGAGCUGCGAGAGACCCACAUCACCACCGUGGGCUCGCCGGAGUUCACAGUGACGAUCUGCGAGCGGGAUGAGCCCGUGCUGCAUGACAUCAAGGAGGAGGAUGAGGAGCAUCGCUUCUCGCCGCCCAGCGACAAGUCGGGAAUUCUGCCAGUCCAGCCGAUGCGACCACUGUCACCGCGCGAGGAAGAGGUGGCCAAGAUCGUGGCGGACGUGGCCAAGGUUCUGAAGUCGGACAAAGACAUUACCGACAUAAUACCCGAUUUCGAUGAACGCCAGCUGGAGGAGAAGCUCAAGUCAACCGCCGACACGGAGGAGGAGGAUUUGUCCAGGGAUGUGGAAUCGCUGGAGAUUAGUGUCAAGGUGGAGAUCGAGUCGGAGAAGUCAUCGCCUGAUCAGACCAAGUCCGGGCCCAUUUCCAUCGAGGAGAAGGACAAGAUCGAGCAGUCCGAGAAGGCACAGUUGCGCCAGGAGCAACCUUCUGCUGCUCAGCUUCCCAGCAAGGAGGAAUCUCGCCCUGAGUCCGUUGCCAGCCAGGUGAGCGAUGACAAGGAGAAGGACAUUAAGAUCUCUCGACCGGCAUCCAGCACCAGCCAGUUUAGUGCCAAGGAUGGCGAUGAAGAGACGACAGAGUCGCUGCUCCAAUCACUAACCACAACUACGGAGACCAAGGAGACAGUCGAGAGCAGCAAGGAGCAGCAGGAGAAGUCCAGUGUGGUCACCACCACCACCAAGACCUCCACGGUGCAACUGCGCGAAGAGUCCACCAGCGACUCGUUGAGCAGCUUAAAGGUGGAGGACAGCAGCUCCCGACGCGAGUCGCUCUCCAGUUUGCUGGCCGAAAAGGGAAGCAUCAUCGGCAGUCUGAAGGAGGAAGCAGCCACCGCCUCCGCCUCCCAGCUGGAGGAGCUCCUGGUGCAGUCCGAGGAAUGUUCCUCCGAGUCAAUUGUGAGUGAGAUUCAGACCACCACCAGUACCAGUACCGCUUUGAAGUCAAUCAAGUCAGAGAUCAAAGAUUCGAAGGAAACCAAGGAAACCAAAGACGACUUAAAAGAGACAGUGGCCGAAUUUCUGGCCACCGAGAAGAUUGUCUCCGCCAAGGAAACAUUCAGCACCGAGGCCUCCAAGACGGCGGAUGAGUGCCUGAAGAAGGUAUCCACCACCUCCCAGCGGACACUCUUUGUGGGCACCGACGAGUCGCGACGCGAGUCCCUCUUGAGUCAGGCCAGCGAGUCGGGCCGCCUGACCCACAGCGAUCCCGAGGAUGAGGAUCCCGACGAUGACGACGAGGACGCCGAUGAGCGGGCCAGUGUGAAGGAGAGCCGCUCCAAGUCCAUUGCCACCAUCAUGAUGACCAGCAUCUACAAGCCUUCCGAGGAAAUUGAAAGCGAGUCAAUCGAGACGCUCGCCGAGGAGGAGCACGAGCAACUGGGUCGGGAUGAGGUCACCUCGAGCUCAACCACCUCCACCAGCAAGACCACAACUCAUCUGCAGUCCAGCGAACAGAGCAGCAGCACAGCCACAGCCACAACCACCAGCAGCAGCUCCAAGGUGGAGUCCAUCACGCUCACCCAGAUAACCACAGAUCAGCCAGCUGGCCAGGAUCAGGAUCUGGCCCAGUUCCAGGCUGAGCCCGCUGACCGCAAGACACCGCCAACGGCGCCCGUCAGUCCCAGUGUCAAGCCAUUCGGCUCGACGGGAUCAGGAUCAGCUGGAGCUGGAGCUGGAGUCGUAUCAAGUGCCGCCAGCAUUGUCUCCUCCUCGGGACCGCUGUCACCCAAGGACAUUAGCGGCAAGUCCAGUCCCGGAGCUCUCACCUCCGAGAGCCAGUCCAUACCCACUCCGCUGGGUCGCGAGUCGCACACAGAGACGCCGGAGUCCUCCCCCAAGCCCACGUCGCCCUUCCCGCGCGUCACCAAGGACGAGCUGAAGUCCCUGGAGAUUCAGCAGCAGGAGCAACUGAUGCUGGCCGGUGCUGCAGAACCAGAUCUUCCCGAGCUUCAUGAGCUGCGCGGCCUGGAGUGCACCACCGGGCUCAGCGGCAGCACAGAGAAGAUAAUCACCACCACCAUCACCACGGUGACCAAGGUGAUUUCGGCCGAUGGCAAGGAGAUUGUGACCGAGCAAAAGACGGUGACCACCACGGAUAGCUCGGAGCCGGAUAGCGAGAAGGUGGUGGUGACCACCACUCGCACCACCAGCGAGAGCGAACGCGAUCAGCAGCAGCUGCUGCCCAAGGAGGUGGCCCUGCUGCGUGGACUGGGCCGCUCCAGCACACCUGGUAGCGAGGACGACGAUGAUCUGCUGCUCCCAGGAUCACCGCGCAGCGCCACCAGCUACGAGCUGCAGCACUCCAGCUCCGGCGUUAGCAAGCGCUCCGAUCUGGACGAUGAGAGCCAGGACGACAUACCGCCGCAGUAUGGCAGCGAGGAGCUGGCGACGGCGCGCUCCAUCCUCCUCCCAGCUUCUCGCAGCACUAUUCCCGAUCCCAUGGCCACCUCCUUCUACGGUGCCCUGCCCGAUAGCUUCGAACGGAGCUCGGGAACGGAGCCCAUUCCCAUCCAGGGUGGUGCCGGCAGUGAUAGCCAGCAGUCGUCGGAGAGCGUGGAGAGCACCAGCCAGACCUGGGCCGGGCACAAGUUCCUCGACCAGGCCGACAAGGACUUCCAGCGGGCGCUCGAGGAGCAUGUGCAGGCGCGCGGUGCCGAGGUGAUGUCCUCCGUGACGGCCAAGUACUCGUACUCGCCCUCGAAGGCCGAGGAGAUGGAGCAGAUUGUGAGCAGCACUGCGGAAAGGCAGCGCUUCCCGCUGAGCGAUGUCCAGCGUUCCCGGGUGGCUGAGAGCGGCUUUGCCACCGUGGGCAGUGUAGCUGCCUCCCAGGAGAAAGAGGAGGAGAAAGCCACCACAGCGAGUACCACUUCCACUGGCGCCCUGCCCAAGGAUCGGCUGGAGGAGUGGGGCAAGCCCUUGGGCCUGCCUUCACCAGCACCUCUGCCCGUGGAGGGCGGUGCCGGGGAUAUACGCACCACGCCCAAGAAGGAACGCCGCCUGGUGGCCACCAAGACGCGGCUGAACAACGAGAAGAAUCUGCGUACGAAGCGCAGCGAAUCGCCCAACAAGGCGGGCAACAAGAAGCCGGCGCCCGUCUACGUGGAUCUCACCUAUGUGCCGCACAACGGCAACUCCUACUACGCCCACGUGGACUUCUUCAAGCGGGUGCGGGCCCGCUACUAUGUCUUCUCGGGCACGGAGCCCAGUCGCCAGGUGUACGAUGCCCUGCUCGAGGCCAAACAGACAUGGGAGGACAAGGAGUUGGAGGUCACCAUCAUACCCACGUACGACACCGACGUGCUGGGCUAUUGGGUGGCCGAAAACGAGGAGCUGCUAGCCAAGCACCGCAUCGACCUCUCGCCCUCCGCCUCGCGCUGCACCAUCAACCUGCAGGACCACGAGACCUCGUGCUCCGCCUACCGCCUGGAGUUCUAGGCCACGGGCUUGUUUAUUGCAUUCGACGAUGACUAAGGAAGCCAACCCACAACAACAACGCACCCAACCAGAAGAGAAGGAAAGGAUCAGAGGAGAGCAUCGAGUUCAUGUAUGGCUUACAAAGUGCUUGGACUCGAUGGACGAUGGACGGGACUAGAAAUAAGAAUAAGAUCACAGCAACAGGAUGAGAAUAAGAAUAACAAUUCAGAUGGGGACAGACAAUGCAAUAUGGCUAUGGAAACGAGGCGGACGCAGGCUGAUAUGGCGGAGUACGGAGGUCACGCGAAUGACGCCAUUUUGUUCACCAAUGCCGUCUAUUGAGCUUUCGCCGCCUUCUUUUCUGCCAAACCACGAAAAAGAGCUACGUAAUUAAUUGAAUAUUUAGUUUAAAGCGAUUAAUUACAAUUACCAAACAAUGCAAUGCAAUGCAGAUCCUCAGUGGAUGAGUUGAGAACGCAGAAGACACUUAUUUGUUGCUUUCAUUGACGUAACAUACCGUAACAUCAAGCUACCUUGCCUAGUAAUCCAAAGAUCAAAAUAGUUUUCAAAACCGCAUAGCUAAAAUAUACAAAGGAAAAAACCAAGAAACCAAAAAGACGAGAAAAGCUAACAAAAACGAAGAAAGAAAAAGACACUCUCUAUAUAUAAAGAAAUUAAUAUUCAUGUUUAAUAAUAUGUAUUAGUCGAAACUUUUACGAACCCUGCGUAUGAGUAUGCCCAUACCAAAGGUAUUCGAAUUUUAAAGCGAGCAUCAGCUAACUGCGAAAGCGCUUUGUAGCCGUAGGAUAAUAAGCGAUCAUAAUACUGACAAGAAGAUCGGAGGCGGAUCCACUAACCGCCCUUCGGACUAAACCUAAUCAAAUGUUGAAGGCUAGCAAGCGAUUACAAUUACGAUCUACGAUCUACCCUUUCCCCCAAGAAAACCCAAAUAUCCGUAGCCCAAAUUAUUGAAUAAUUUAAGCUCGUAGUUCAUUCUCACAAAUUAAUUUCCUUUUCGUUUCGUUUUGUUAUAUUUUGCGUUCGGUUUCGUUGUUCCAGCAGGCAGCCGCAGAAAGACUUAUAUAUAACCCAAGAAACUAUAGCGACCGAUAUACGUACACUUCCACUUCCGAAUAUGGGAGAGCUAAAAAA